AUGCCGUUUCAUGCGGUAGGGAAAGGUGCGGUUUUGCCCCAGCGCCGUCCUCCGUCGCGGUCUGCGAACAAAAGAGGACGUCCUGGGGAAGACUGGCAGCGAGUGGUACAAGCAUAUCAAAAGUCCUCACCUUUGCCUACACCUGGCAGAGAGACAGACGCGACGCCAUCUCCCGCCUUCUGCAACCCCCGCUCCUGCGCACUUAGCGCCACACGCGCCUUCUAUACACCCCGCCCGCCUCUAAAGCCAAACCCCCUGCGGAACUCCAGCACCUCCCCCCCGCCCCGCCGCGCUCCCUCUGAGCGCCAAGUGUCCCCCGCCCCCAGCGCGCGCUCCAAGUCGCGCAGCCCGGUGCGUCCCACCCCCACCCCCUCUAUCAGUCGCGCCGCCCUGGCCGACCACCCUCUGUUCGCCCAUCUCGCGCCGGUCUUAGACGCGGAGAUGGCCUCCGACUCGGAAGAGGUCCUCACGGAGUCCUCCUCCGAAUCCUCCUCGUCCUCCUCUGCCGACGACUUCACGGUCGUCGGCAAGAAACGUUCGCGUAAAGCGAAACCCAAAACCCAGGCAAAGGCCGCUAAGACCGAGGCCCCCUUGGCGACCGCCCCUGCCCCCACCCCCGCCCCCGCAGCUGCCGCCUCCCCGGCCUCAGCGGUUCAAUCCACUUCUGGUUCGCAUAGGGUCCUCCCUCGCAGCCAAAAGCCCCCUCCGAUUUUCCUUCAUCAGAAGGAAAAAUGGACCGAAGUCUCCUCGUGGUGCACCACGCACCACGUUCAGUUCACGAGUGGCCGCCUCGUUAAAGACGGCAUUAAAAUCAUAGUCCCGACGUCUGGCGACUUUAGGACGCUGACGGAGAUGCUGCAGGCACGUCACCUGCAGUAUCAUACCUACGCCCUCCCCGAGGAACGCACCCUUAGGGUCGUCCUCAAGGGCCUUCCGGUCUCGCUCUCCACCAAGGAGAUCGAAGAAGAUCUCACGGCGCAGGGCAUCGCCGUGACCAAGGUGCACCGGAUGCACCGCGCCAAAGGCCUAACGCCAUACGAAAUGGUAUUGGCCGUCAUUCCCCGUUCCGCCGACACGAAGGCGAUUUUCAAGGUCAAGACCGUAUGCCACCUGUCUGCACCUAACGCCAUUUGUAUAGGCCGUAGUCCUCAAAAUCGCCGAAUUAAACUCAAUACUCAACAUCAAGACAAGCGCGGUCCCCGCGGGCAGUGUCACAACUGA